AUGGAUAAAAAUCCUUUAGACAGAGAAAAUAUAGGAGCUGAUAAAUCAAUAUGCGAUAAGUUUGAAAAAGGAGAGAAAGUUUUACUGAGUUCUCUUGUUUAAAAAUAUAAUCAUGUCAAUAAAAAGUAGGAAAGAAUACUAUGCAUAACAGAUAAGGCUGUAUAUAAUAUAUCGCCUUCUAAAUUUUUAUCUAAGUUAAUCUCUAAGGUAGUUUAAGUUAGAAUUAAGCGUAGAAUUCCUUUAAAUAAAAUAUUUGCUGUUACUAUAUCUCGUUUUGCCACAUAAUUUAUCAUUCACGUGCCUGAUGAGCAUGAUUAUUUGCUAUAAAGCGAUGAUUUUAGAUAAAAAAUUAUUGAAGUGCUUUGCUAUUCAUAUUGCACAUUGCUUUAGAAGAAAAUGGCCUUCUUUUAUAAAGAUGAUUUAACAUUAAUGUAAUUCUGCACUACCAAAAUAGAUGCUAAAAAGAAAAGAAGUAAUCUACCCACAUGUUAACCUGAUAUGGUUGAUCCAGAAACUAUGAAUGACAAUGAAAAUGCUAAGGGAAAAUCAGAUUUGGUUUUCAAUAGAAGCGAUUAAAAUACAAAGCUAUCAAUCAAUGAUUUCCAUUUAAUCAAGGUUUUAGGUCGUGGUGCUUUUGGUAAGGUCAUGCUCUGUUAAAAAAAAGACACAUAAGACCUUUUUGCCAUUAAAUCUAUCCGUAAGGAGGAUAUCAUUGAAAGAGAACAAAUAGAGCAUACAAAAACAGAGAGAAAAAUUUUAGAAUAAGUGAACUUCCCAUUUUUAGUUAACUUGGAAUAUGCUUUCUAAACAAAAGAAAAGUUAUUUUUUGCGAUGAAGUUCGUGAGAGGAGGAGAAUUAUUUUUCCAUUUAAAAAAGGAUAAAAAAUUUAAGGAAUCACGUGCUUUAUUCUAUGCAUCUUAAAUUUUACUUGCUUUAGAAUACCUCCACAAUUAAGAUAUCAUAUAUAGAGAUUUAAAGCCUGAAAAUAUUUUGCUCGACCAAGACGGCUAUGUAAAAAUUACUGAUUUUGGUCUAGCAAAAGUACUUGAAAAGGGAAAACUUACAAAUUCAUUAGUAGGAACUCCUGAUUAUUUAUCUCCUGAAAUUAUAAAUUAAAAAGGACAUAACAGGACAGCUGAUUACUGGGCAUUUGGUAUAUUAAUCUAUGAAAUGGUGAUUGGUAUUCCUCCUUUCUUUAAUAAUAAUUAAAAUGUUAUGUUUUAACUGAUUUCUGAGAAAGAUGUGAAAUUCCCAACAUCUACUCCACUUUCUAAAGAGUGCAUGGAUAUUAUUUUAAGAUUACUGAAGAAGGAUCCCAAUGAGAGACUUGGUAGUGUAAAUGGAACAAAAGAUAUAAAAGAGCAUCCUUGGUUUGCUAAAAUUAACUUUGAUGAAAUUCUAAAUAGAAAAGUUCCUGCUCCAUUCGUGCCCUAAUUAAAGAGUGAUACAGAUGUCAGUUGCUUUGAUGAAGAGUUCAUUUCUGAAAAUCCAAUAGACUCAUUUGUGUAACCUAGUAAUUUAAAAAAUUAUAACGAUUAAUUUAAUGGUAUGAGUUUUGUCCCUGGAAUGUAAGAAGUUGGUAAUAAUUGA